CAACAUUCUAUGCCCGCGAUUGUUUGUGUUCUCUGAUCGCUACUUUUCACCCGGUUUCAUCAUCCGUUUCGUUCACAAUCUCGUUUUGAGCUGCGAUUGAAUCAUGGCAUCGAUCAUCGUACCGGCGGUACUGCGAUUUAGUCGCGUCACGGCUGAUAAUUUAUAUCAAAUAAAUAAAAGCGGCUUGCGCAGAAUGAGACAUAUCUCUUCUACAUUUUCCUGGCAAAGGCAACACUUUGGUACGAUAACAGGAGAAAAGAAACCAGAUGCCACUGACCAAGGAGUGCCUCCCAUAGAACCUACAGAGAAUGAAACGAAACUAAAAACUGAACUCGAGCUCAUCAACAAGGAGCUUGCCGAGCUUAAGGAAUCUAAAGACACGCUGGAAGAUAAAUAUAAGAGAGCAUUGGCAGAGGGAGAAAAUAUCAGAGUUAGGCUUACCAAGCAGAUCAAUGACGCCAAGCUUUUCGGUAUUCAAGGCUUCUGCAAGGAUCUCUUGGAUGUGGCCGACGUAUUGGGGAAAGCUACUGAGAGUGUGCCAAAGGAUGAGCUAACGGAACAGAAUCCGCAUUUGAAAAGUUUAUACGAGGGCUUAGUCAUGACAGAGGCUCAAUUACAUAAAGUUUUUAAGAAGCACGGCCUAGUUUCGCUGAAUCCAGUAAAUGAAAAGUUCGAUCCUAACGAGCAUGAAGCAUUAUUUCAACAAGAGGUUGAGGGCAAGGAAUCUGGAACAAUUGUAGUUGUAUCGAAAGUAGGAUACAAAUUGCACGAAAGAAUAGUGAGACCAGCAUUAGUAGGUGUUGCUAAAGGAUAACUGAUGUAAAGGUAGUUAGAACUUCCACUCUAUGUUAAAUUGUUAAAUUACAUAAAGUUUCAAUAUAAAAUAUUAAUGUACAUUGUAAUUUUCUUUUAAAUUUUUAUUUAAGAUGUAAAAUAGCCAAUUUGUUAAAAUGUUAGCAAAAAAAUAGCACACACUACUUUUAGGUGAAAACAAUAUUACUAUAUACAGACCUAUAUAUAAGACAUAGAAAUUCUUUUGUAAAAUAUAUAUAUACAUUGUUUUUCAUUA